CUGUCGCCUUUUUCGUCUUCUCAGAUCAGCUACCUCAAAGGCAGUCGGCGUGUCGUGAGUCCCUGCGAGAAGGCGGGCAAAUGGCGUCAUUUCAUCCACGCCCUCUUUCUCAACUGCGCCAGCCUCGACGUCAAUCCUGCCAUUCGCGAGUUCACCAAAACCCUCGAGUUCUAUCUGUACCUGGACGAGCGUCGUGACUGGGCCGACUGUCGUGACUGCUUCCGUCUGGACGUCAAAUCCCAACUGGCCGGUGCCAUCAUCGCCAUCGACAAACCGGACACUUUGGGCAACAUCAACGACAAAAGCAUCAACCUGAAACCGGGCACCUUAACCGAAAUUCGUCUCUCCAUCGAACAGCACAUCCAACAACUGCCGCCCUACGGCAACUGUUCCAACUCGACUCCCAGCCACCUUUCACUCUACGGCAUGAACUACACCUACUCCGAGUCGGCCUGUCGUCAAGCCGCCAUCCAGACCAGUCUUCGAGAGCACUGCGGUUGUCAAGCCAUCGAGUACCCCUACGACCCGGACAGUCGACUGCCCUUUUGUCAUGCCGCCGCCGAGUUCGUCCCCAAAACCGCCUGCAACGCCAGUCAGUCCGCCAAACUGUCGGCCCGACAGACCAACGCCGACGUCGACGCCGACGCCGACGCCGAGCUCGGAGCUGGGGCCGGCGAGGAGGCGUCGGCAGAGCACCUGCGCUGUAUGCUUCUGCUCGACAAGCUGUUGGAGCGUAGCAUCUGCAAGUUGCGCGUUGUCGGCGGAUACCAAAACGACGUUGUGCCCGGCUGCCGUAUGCCCUGCUCCUUUUACGCCUACGAGACGGAGAAAUCGACCUCUGCCUGGCCAGCAAAGGUUGAUUUUGAUUAA